AUGACCCCGCAGCACACUAACGCCGACGCCGGGCCGGGCCGGGCCCCGAACCCUCUCCUCGGAGACCUCAUCACCACGUACAAUGACCUGAAUAGCACCGUAAUCGACGAGCUAGAUGAAGAGCCCAGCGCGCUCGAAUUCAUGCGCUACGUGGCGCGCAAUACGCCAUUUGUCGUGAGGGGCUGUGUGCCAGACUGGGAGGCGUUCCGGCUCUGGGACAAGGAGUUCCUGGUUGACACUAUGAGGGGUAGGAAGGUGAAUGUCGCCGUUACGCCAAGGGGGAAUGCCGACGCACCGACUCAGAUGGAAGACGGUUCCCUCGUCUUCGCAAAACCGCACGAGGAAGACCAAGACUUCGAAGAAUUCCUAAACUAUGUCAUCAACCAAGAAAAGAAUCCAUCCUCCCAAGGCUCAGAAAUCCGCUACGCUCAAACCCAAAACAACAACCUCCACGACGAAUAUUCCCCCCUUCUCCCCCACCUCCCCACAACCAUCCCCUUCGCUCGCAUCGCCCUCGGCCGUGCCCCCGACGCCCUAAACCUCUGGAUCGGCAACUCCCGCUCCGUCACCGCCAUGCACCGCGACGGCUACGAGAACCUGUACGUCCAGAUCCGAGGGCGGAAGCACUUUGUCCUCAUGCCGGCACUGUGCGCCCCCGCUGUGCGGGAGCUUAGGUUGGAUCCGGCUACGUAUCGGAGGGAGGAAGGGACUGGGAAGUUGGUGCUUGAGAGGGACGUUGUUGAAGGUGGAGAUGAGGAUGCACGCGUGCCGUUUCCUACGUGGGAUCCUGAUGGCGUGGCGGUUGGGGGGCGGGAGGGGAUUGAGGGGAGAGGGACGGUUGAGGGGAAUGUGUUUGCGGAGUUCGUUCAGCCGAUGAGGGUUACUUUGGAGCCAGGGGAUAUGUUGUAUCUCCCUGCCAUAUGGUAUCAUAAGGUGUCCCAGUCGUGCAGCGAAGACGACGAAGGUUUCGUUCUUGCAGUCAAUUACUGGUACGAUAUGGAUUACAGCGGGCCAUUGUAUCCUCUUACCAACCUCGUGAGGACCAUGAGUUCUGCUUUACAAGGUCCAAAAUGA